AUGAGUUACGACCAGAGACUGGGCGCCGGAGUAUACGGUGCAACAGACGCGGGCAACGAUGGAGACGCGAAGAAGGGCUCAGUACGGGCGGCUCGUGAGAGGAUGCAGGCUGCGCAGAAAAAGACCCAGCUCCCAGACACAUCGAAGAUAAUAGGUCUUCCUCGACGACCGAACCAACUUGUUUCGCAGCGGUCUCAAGAGCAAGUCGAGCAACCACAAAGACUUGCACCCUCGGGAAGCAGAGAUGAUAUUGAAGCAGACUCGCCGUCACCACAAUGGCCACUGCCGAACAUCACCAGGGAAUUGGUAGACUCCAGUCCUGAUAUCCCACCACGCUCUCCAAAAAGAUUACAACCACCGCCACAGUUUGCACGACCUUUGUCCGACGAGUUUCCCAUCCAACAGCUGUCCCCUGAACUCCCUUCACCAGCCUCCCCGGGAUAUCUACAUCCCAAUGGCGAUACCUUCUCUCCUGGCUCUUUCCGUUCCUCGCGCCCAAUAACUACCUCAUCUAUAGCCUCGGACUCUUCGAUAGGAUCCAUACCCGACUUUCCUGUGCCCCAACCACCUAUGCCAAGUAUACAACAAGCUCGACGAUUUCCGAGUCUAGGCCCGCCGCCUUCCUCCCGAAGAGGUCCGUCGUCGUACUAUACACAGAUGUCGUAUGUAUCGCCCAUCGUUGAGGAGUCGGAGAACAACUCUUCAAGAAUACAAUCACAGCGUGGAUCCUUUGCCUCUAGCAACGUGUUUCCCACAGACGACAAGGCCUUUUACCCCGAUGACGACCUAUACUCGGACGAUGGUGAGACUAUCACCAGCGAUCGCGGCACCAUCUCACCAACUCCGACCGAUCACGACGACCGAAGCGGCCUCGUUCAGCAAUCACCUGCACUCGUAAGGCAAGCGAGCUUGGGCAGGCGGACUAAGCCAUCGCUGAUGACCAUCAAGUCAAUUGACAGCUUUGGAAACAAGAAGAACGGAGCGGAUGCAAAGAAAGAUGGCGUUGGUAUCGGUUUAGGGGCCAUGGGGCUAGGAGCUGCAGCUCUCGCAAGGGAUGGUAGUCCGUCAGGCAUGCCAAGGUCACCUCUCAGCCGAGGCGUCUCUGCAGACUCUGUGGACACUAUUGAGAUGUUCAAAGGCAAAAACUACACAGGAACAGCGUCACCACUGCAACAAGAAUUACGCCCGACUGGACUAGCCGAGCGUGCUGGUAUGCGAAGGCCUGCAAGGCUCGAUAUGGAUGCGGUCCGGGACGCCGAGGCGCGUGGUAGCUUGACAAGCUUGCCAGAUCUCAUUCGAAGAGCCACACGACUAGCAGCAAAUCUCGAUCGUGGACGCACAGCGAGUCGACUUGGUCUAGACUUCUGGGAAACCGGUGCUCCCGAUAGGAACCAAGUCCGGCAAUCCGGAUUGUCUGAGAUGCUUGCUGCAUUUCCGCCGCCUGGCCAAGAAACACCCAACCGUUCGGGCCGUGGUACUCCAAACUUUGGGAACGGCAGUCUAUCCAAAUGGCCAUCAGGUGGCUAUUCGCGCAAUGGUGUCACAGACUCUGGAUUGAGUAACGAAAAACAAAAGCCGCGCCGACGAUGCUGUGGUAUGCCGUUAUGGACAUUCAUCACGCUCCUAAUAGUCUUACUGGUUAUCAUCGCUGCUGCAGUCGUCAUCCCAGUAGUCCUAGUCGUCAUACCAAACAUGAACAAAGGAGUCAACAACACUCCUGCCGCUCAAGAAACUCAAGGACCCAACACCGGAGGCAACAACAACAUGAGUAACACCAAUGCUCCUGCUCAACCACUUCCCACGUCUGGUCCGGGUCAAGGCAACGAGCAAUGCAACGGUCUCAUCACCUGCCAAAACGGCGGUAUCGCGAUCCUGAAUUCUGACCGAUCAUGCAAUUGCGUAUGCAUCAAUGGCUUCACGGGAAGUACAUGCACGAACGAUGAUGCCACCGGGUGCACCACGACUAACCUUGCCGGCACUGCUAACAACGCAACCAUGGGCUCCGGCAUUCCUCGUCUUCUUGAGACCACUGCUCCCAAGUUCAAUAUUCCUUUGGACGGCACACGCGUGCUGGCGCUGUUCUCUCAGUUGUCUCUGAGCUGCGCUGCCGAAAAUGCUCUCAUCACGUUCAAUGGGCUUGCCUCUCGUUCUGUUCCGCAUCGUCUCCACUCGAUGGAUCUGAAGUCUACGCUCCACCCGUCACGUACGUUACCAGUACUUCACCAUCCCCAUCCUGCGCAAGCUCCUGGCCAACAAGCCAAGCGCCAGACCGUGGGCCAGGUUGGCCAAGCUGAGGCUUCGAGUGACGAGAGCACAUCCAAAGCUGAAACCAUCAUAACACAACCUAUCUCAAGCAACAUCAGUGCUCUCGACUUUGCUCGUGUAGCUGUACUCCUUGCGCUCCAGGAAAGCAAGGACCUAGAUGUUGCCGCGAGCGCACAGGAGUCAAUUCAAACACUGCUCACAAACGAUCGCAACGGGAAUGCGGACGGUGGUAGUGUUGAUGUUGGUCCUUUCGAUUUGGACCUUGUCAACUUCACGAUCAAGUUUCAGAACGGCACCACGAUACGUGCGCCGCCUUCAUCCUCCUCUUAA